GAUGACGUCACUCGCAGAGUUGUCAUGGCGUCUUUGGGACCGAAGCUGCUGCUGAAAUUUAGCUAAAAUCUGUCGACCGUCUCUACAUCGAAAUGGAGAAAAAUGCAACCCUGCAUCGAGACACUGACGGGAGCGCCUUGUGCGCCACGAUUGCGGGAGAAAUGGGCGAUGUUACGGCUGUCGGUGGAGUCAAAGGAGCUGCCGAGAAAUGCAAGAAUAGUGAGGCUGCUCUCAGUACUUUGGUUAACGUUAGUUGUAAUAACAGCACCAUUAAUGUUGGUACUCCCAGCCCUGGUAAUGUCACCUCCAGUGCUGGGAAGCUGGACUUGCCAGAAGUGAUCGAAGUCCCCCCUGCACAGGAGGAGAAGAGGAAGGACACCGAAGCCAGCGGAUCGUGGUCGGGGUUCGGGGAUCAGAUCAGUAACGGGAUGGGGCAUGACUCGUUGCUGGCUGCAGGAGAUAGCGAGGGUGGUGCCACAAAGUUAGUAAACAACAAAAGCGACGGCCUCUCCUCACCUCCUGCGAAGGGGCUCACACAUGUGCAGGCUGAGGUUUUGGGUUGUGGAGAAAGUGAGCCCACUAAACUUGCCAAACCGACUCAUCUGUGUCCGGACAAUGCAAUCACAGCAAACGUCAAACCGGGGCUGUCCGGUGAUCAUCAUACCUUAUCGGAGGGAUUGCCGAGUGGGAGUGACCCCGAUCCCAGCCUCGGAGGAGAGUCCAGAAGCAUAGAUUCACUGGAGUCUUUCUCGAACCUGAACUCAUGCCCCAGCUCAGACCUGAACAGUGAGGGGCUGGAGGACAGAGGACUGGCCCUGGCCUUGCAAAACGAGUACGGGGCUGAUGGGACAAAGACUGCGUGUGCUAAGGACCGGGCCGCCGGCCAGUCCAUAUACCACAUUAAGUGGAUCAAGUGGAGGGAGGAGAAUACUCCGAUCAUCACCCAGAACGAGAACGGCCCCUGUCCAUUACUGGCAAUUAUGAAUGUCCUGUUGCUUGCAUGGAAGGUUAAGAUGCCUCCCAUGAUGGAAAUUAUAACCGCUGAGCAACUGAUGGAGUAUCUUGGGGACUACAUUCUGGAAACAAAGCCUAAAGAGAUAUCAGAAGCCCAGAGGCUAAACUACGAGCAGAACAUGAGUGAUGCCAUGGCAGUGUUGCACAAGCUGCAGACAGGUCUGGAUGUGAAUGUCAAGUUCACAGGGGUGCGGGUCUUCGAGUACACCCCAGAAUGCAUCGUGUUCGAUCUGCUGGACAUCCCUCUCUAUCACGGCUGGCUAGUUGACCCCCAGAUGCAUGACAUUGUCAAGGCAGUGGGCAACUGCAGCUACAACCAGCUGGUGGAGAAGAUAAUAUCCUGCAAACAGUCGGAGAACAGCGAGCUGGCAGGGGAAGGCAUCGUGGCAGAGCAGUUUCUGAGCAGCACAGCCACCCAGCUGACGUACCACGGCUUGUGUGAGCUCACCUCCACUGUGCAGGAGGGAGAGCUCUGUGUCUUUUUCAGGAAUAACCAUUUCAGCACCAUGAUCAAAUACAAGGGCCAGCUGUACCACCUGGUCACAGAUCAAGGUUUCCUGACGGAGGAGAAGGUCGUCUGGGAGAGCCUGCACAACGUUGAUGGAGACGGCAACUUCUGCGAUUCUGAGUUCCGGUUGCGGCCUCCUUCUGAUCCGGAGACUGUGUACCGAGGCCAGCAGGAUCAGAUAGACCAGGACUAUCUGAUGGCGCUGUCGCUGCAACAGGAGCAGCAAAGUCAGGAUCUACAGUGGGAGCAGCUCCCUGAGGGCAUCAGCGACCUGGAGCUGGCCAAGAAGCUGCAGGAGGAGGAGGACCGACGAGCCUCGCAGUACUACCAGGAACAGGAGCAGGAGCAGGCGGCGGCUGCAGCAGCAGCUGCAGCACAGGCACAGCAGGGCCAGCAGGAGCCCGCUGAGGGAGAAGAGGCAAACAGAGGAGGUGCAGGGCCAGGAGGAGCCGCAGCUGGAGCCGGGACGGCGGCAGCAGCCGGGGCCUCGGCCAGCCCAGGAAAACAAUCCUCUAGUGGGGAGCGGAAAGCCAAGAAAGAAUCUAAGGAUAAAGACAAAUGUGCUAUUUUGUAACAUACAGCGUGUCUGUGUGACUGAACGUGUGAGUGUUUUGUGCAUUUGCUUAUCUGUGAGAAAGGGGACGCAGCCCCUCACUCGACAACAAAUAAGGGAAGGCGACGUCCGAGGAAGGGGCGCGAAAAGACUAACAGAGGAUCUGCUGCUCCCAAACCACUGGUGCCUGCUAUCCUCUAACCUCAGUGGAGCCUGGACAUCAGAGGAAGGGACACUACAACAACAACUACUACCCCCUUAUCUUUCAUAGAGUCGGCCAAACUUUGUUACAAGUUGCACAGUGCACUAUAUUUGUGAUGUAGGGUCGAGUUUAUUGGGGGUGGUGUGUUUUAUAGCAAAAGACACAAUCUGGAGAAACACAACAUCGCACUCUCACCAUUUUUUAAGUCAUUCUUUUCGUUCAUUUUCACUAUUGCAGCUUAUAAGCUUUUUUGUACCUAUCAAUAUUCACAAACGUAAACAUAGAAGACACUUUUUUUUGUUUCUGUUAAUUUUUUUUAAGUUAAGUUAGCUGUUGAUGCCAAGAUUCACAUUUUAUGUCCGUGUCUGUGUAAGAGGAAGCUUAUUUUAGGAGGCUUCAUCUUCUCUGUAAGGAAUCAUUGUAACACUAUUUAUGUCCCCUCUGAAACACUAUGUACCCAAGGGUUAGUUAACAACAGUUAGCUGGCAGAUACUGUAGCUACAGUAUUCAUCGCUGCUUGCCCUGUUCAGAUUUGCCUUACCAGAGUAUGGCAGUGUUGUGUUCUGCUCUGUCUGAAUGUGACGGUGUGUCUGUUUUCAUGUGUGUGGUAUGUGCAGUACAUGUGUGCUUUGUGGUAUAACGGCGUGUGUAAACAUGCCUCAUUUACUCAACAUCACUGAUGUUACAAGUUUCAAUUUGGAAAUAGCCAAAAAGGUUUCCUUUGUAGAACUUAAGUCCCAAAUGUCAGACAUUUAAUGUCUUUGCUUUUGCUUUUCACAAAAACAUUCAUGGGAUCGUCAAACUGAGAAUCAUCCUGCAGAAUUGACCUGAGGAAAUUUGUCUGAAUUUGACAUUAUUCCUGAGACACAGCUGGCUUUUUGCAGAUUACAUUUGUAUUAGAUCACCUCUAGUUUAGCAUAUGUGGAGGUUCUGAGAGACCUUACUUUUUCCUUUUCACUGCUGGCAUUUCUAAGAAGAAAUGCUGUGUGUGUGUGUGUGUGUGUGUGUGUGUGUGUGUGUGUGUGUGUGUGUGUGUGUGUGUGUGUGUGUGUGUGUGUGUGUGUGUGUGUGUGUGUGCGUGUGCGUGCGCAAGCACUAUCAUUAUGUCUUCUCUGAGUUUCUAUACGUUCAAGUUCCACUGCAGUCAAGUUUUGAAAAGAAAUGCCACAGAAUUCAGUAAGUUGCAUGCUUUAUUCCUCCAAAACCAGGAAAAGUCCAUGGAGUAUUUCAGAAACUUUUCCUCAGCACUGAAACCAAACUGCAGAUCUGCAACAUCGAGAUAUACAGCAGCGACUUUUACCUCCAGUAAUUAUUUUGGGAACCUGACUUGUUUCAUGCUGUAGCUAUGUUGAAUCAAUACUCCCCUCCUUUUUCUGCCACAAUUCUCCACAAAGUGUGUGUUAUAUUUGGAAAACAAGGUAGAGAGGUGGGAGUGAAACGGAUCUGUCCUGGGGGUGUACAGUCUGAUUACUGAAAUUCUCUGGCAUCACCUUUUGACUCGUGUGCAUUUCACUGCAGCUUUAAGCGUUCAAACACUUGAUGUACAUAUUUCCCUAAUGCAUUCUUAUAAUGGAUUUAGCUAGCGGUUUGUGCCAUUAUCGCACCAUGGGACUGCCUCCUGAGAAACUUUUCUAUCUAUACAUUCCAAUAGGAUGCCUUGACUCAAGCCUUCUGUUACAGACUGAGGGAGACUGUUGUGCUUCGAGGUCUUUGCAGUGCUGGUUAACGGGUCCUCAUUACUAUUUGUUCAGUAAGAACAAAUGUAAUGUCAGGACAAGAUGAUGAUGACGUGGAGGCAGUAGGCUACUUCAUGUGAUGGCUGGAGUUUAAGCUCCAUGUUUGUGUCGCCCUAACACGGCUUUGUUUUUGUAUAUACAUAUACAUAUAUAUAUAUAUAUAUAUAUAUAUUAUAUAACGCCUUACAACAUUUCAACAUAAUUUAUGGGACAAAAGGAAACAGGCGUAUUUCCAGAAUGAGACAAUCCAUGGGUUUUCCACAUGAACAUCAAAAAUACUCUCAGGCCUCUUGUGAAGGGACAUAUCCUCCAGUGUCUUUUAUGUACCGGCACAGUUCCUCGGCCUGUUGUCACUUUGUUAGCCACAAAUUUAAGCAUCAGUGUAUGCAUACACACCACAACCUUUUUGACACUUUGAAAAACUUAAUGUUACGUUAUUUAAGACCUUUAAAUUGAAUUUCACACUAGAUUUAAGCUGCUUCUCUUGUAUAAACUUGGACUACCUGAUGAAAAGUAAAAACCUCCUUGGACAGGGUUAAGAUAUGUUAAUUAUGUACACUUUUUAUUGACUCCCAAGCGGAUUGUCCCCCUUGCAGCUAAAAUGAGUAUCACAUUUAAUCUAAAAGUUACAGUAAGAAAGCAGAGGGGAGACUUUCCGGCGACAUUAUGCUUUUAUUUCUUGAAGUUUCACGUCUUUCAUGUCUUGGCCCUUGAAGUGAACAUGCUGAAAAAGAACCUUCACUGAGGGCACUUUGAGCUGGUGUGCAUAAUUUUGUUUUUAAGUGUUAAUAUGAGUGAAAAGAAAGCUGAGUGAAACAUGCCACACAUUUUUAUUAUGAUUAUUAUUUCAGAUUUUACUACUGUGCAUCAGCUUGCUAUCCCUUGUCAUUACUACCAGAACUUACUCUUUUUGUUGUACUGUGUUUGUUUCACCCUCGUUCCUAAGAUGAACUGAUCAGAAGGAUAUUGUGUGUUCAAUGUCUCAAAGUGGUUUCUUGUAUGCCUUGUAAAGUGAUGGUGGGGUAAAUGCUGUAAAAACUAGUGUUUUGAUAAGGUGGUCGUUGAAAAAAACAGUAGUCAUUGUAAUUGGUUUUUGCACUGUUACAUUGAUAUGCACUAACAGAAGAGAAACAUACCUCAUUUUAUACUGAACAUAAAUUGUGCAAGAGUGCUAUUGUUCUUUGGGUACCUUUUAAAAAAUGAAUUAUGGCCAAAAGAAAUAUCUCGACUUGGUGGCAGUAGCUUAAGCAAGCUGAGUAAUGUUAAUUUGUAAAAGUAUGAAAGGGCUGUUCAAAUGUUUUGGCUUAAAAUGAAAGGGUAUAUUUGUUAAAAAUACUACCACUUCAAUAGAACUUGCUGCAAUUUGAUAUAUUCAGGUUAGUGGUACACCUAUACCAGGCAAAAUACCUACAGUGCAAAGGCCUGAGUACCAGCACGCAGCUCAUACAUGAGGAGGAAGAAGUUGUGAACAACAAUAGAUGAAAAGAUGUUUGGCAGUUUUUUUUUGCAAAAUGAGAAAACAUGUAAAAAUCACUGGUACUCGACCCAAUCAGCAAAAAAAGGUGUAGGUGCACCCCUAAUUCAGGUUAUUUUUCAGGAGUUCAUCAUUUAACCACACAACUUUUCAAAUAUGCUCAAACUUUUACACCAAAACAGACAAAAAGGCUCCUCUACAAGGCUCAAGUGUUGUCAUCUAUGUAGCACAGGAGGGAAAUGUUCAUUCUUGUUGUAUGAGACACACAUCCAGACUGCUGAACAAUCUAAAGGGAGACAUUUUCUUUAACGCAAUAUUUCAUACUCCCACAUUUUACUUUGUGGUGCAUGUACAGUGUGGACUGAAAGUUAGGCAGAGUAAAAUCUUAUGAUCAAUCCCCCCUGAGAGAAUAUUAUUUCCUUUGUAUGGCCCAUUCUGUUUAUAUUUCACAUAAAAAAAAAACAUACAAGAAGGAAGGUGUUUGUGAAUAUGGGAGGUUACUCAUUUGUGUUAUUUCAAUGUUCAUCUAUUUACAUAAAUGACCAAAUAAUGUAUGUAGCCUUUCACAUUGCAGUCACAUAAUGUAUGUGGUGAUAUAUAUAUAACAAAAUGCCUUAUAGACGAGGGACAUUCAACCUGAUUAGAAGUACCAGAAUAAUAAAAGACUAAGAUCAAUA